UGGAUCAGCUGGGUGGGCCAAAACCAUGGCAACACUCGUCGACAAAUACGGGGUGACGCUUACGCAGCAGGCCUCGCUCCUCUUCCCCGCGGCAUAAAUAACGGACCUCCUGCUCUCAGUCGGAGAGGUGUCCGGUCCUCGAGACUGCCUCUGACUCUCUUGCAGCAGUCCCUCACACCAUGACGAAGAGAAAACGGCUCUCGACCGACGUUGAGUCGGAUACCUUGCCGGCGGUGCCUGACCAAGCCACGGACGCGUCACGUGGUAGCGUUGCCCAUCGCCGUCACGUGUCCGUCACGGGGGAGGAGAAUCACGUGAUUGAUAUAUUGCCGGGGAUUACCCGAAAGAUCACCGCCUGCGCUGCGUGCAGGAAGCAGAAGGUGCGUUGCACGUCGCAGAAUACGGAGGAUGCGGACAAGCAGGAGCCUGGAGAGCAUGCUGACGGCUGCAGAUCAAAUGUGACAUGACCGAUGGCCCGCCGUGCGUUCGCUGUCGCCGUCGCUCGCUGUCCUGUGUCUUGAACAAGAGCCUCCAGUCGCUGGUCGAGGAGGUCAAGAACACUGAGCUUCUGCAGACGGAUAUUCGGAGUAUCCAUGAGACGCUCGAAGCAAUCUGUCGGCACCUGAACCUCCAUCGGCCUAAGCCGUUGGUAUCUACGGCGGACACCGACCGUGCAGAAGAGCAUGAGGAUGGCCACAGCGACAAUGAGCGAGACCAGCACGAUCUCUCUGGCUGCGAGGUCUCGCCGCCAGACACUCCGUCAGCAGUGCAGGCGCCAAUCCACACGUUUUUAGACAUCGCCAAGCUGGGGAGCCCGGGCUCGUCAGAGAACACGCCCCCCAGUGCGGCCCGUCCACGUCGGCGGUCGAUAGUGCCGCAGGACCUUGUCAGCAAGGGCGUCAUCAGCCUAGCGGUGGCGGAGAUACUAGUUGAUCGUUACUUCACCCAGCUGGACCCGUAUGUCUACGGAAUAUGUAGCGGGUUCAACAACUUCCAGCAGCUGCGGACGACGUCACCGGUCUUGUUCGCUGCCAUCUGCACUGUCUCAGCGCUGCAUGAUCCGCACGGCCAGCAGGUGUACGAAGCCUGCAACCGUGAGUUCCGCCGGUUGGUGGCUCGCUCGUUGUUCGAGAAGCAUGAUACCGAGUACGUGCGGGCACUCUGCAUCUGCUCCUUUUGGCUUUCCGACGCGUCGAGGAUCUUGUCUAGCGAUGCAAUCCGUCGAGCUGCGGACAUGCGUCUGCACCGCAGCUUUGAGCAUCUCUGGGUGCCUUCUUCGUCACACCUACCCUUGGGUACUCCGCCGUCUACUGAGGUCAAAGACCGCGUCCGGCUAUGGUAUCUGAUCUUCAUUUCCGACGAACACCUCUCUAUCCUCCACAACCGUGACCCGCUGCUGCGAAGUGACAAGGAGAUCGCCACGAGUUGGGAGUCGUAUCUCAAGCGUGAUGAUGCCUCGGACUCGGAUGUCCGACUGGUAUCCCAGGUCGCCCUGCUGUUGAUUAUGAGCCAGGUCCGCGACUUGCUCGGCUCCGAUCAAGAAACCCGCCUCCCCCAUGUCCUCGUUAACCAGAUUGUGCAGUCCUCGCGCCAACUUGACAAAUGGUUUACCAAGUUCUCGGCCUUAUUCAAACCGGACCCAUAUAUCGGCGAUUUCCCGAAACGGGGUCUUCAGUUGCACUACCAGUUUGGCAAGUUGUACCUGGGCCAUCAGGUUUUUAAGGGUUUGAAUGGCGAGCCUAUUCCAUCGCCUUUCCUGACUGCCGCGAGCAUGGCGCACGACGCUGCCGUUGCUAUCUUUGAAAUGAUCAUGAACGAGGAACCGCUGCAACGCAGCCUGGUCGGCAUGCCGCACUACUUCCACAUUAUGAUUGCCUUUGCUGGGCAUUUUCUCCUAGAGGUUACCAAGAACUAUGCAGUACAGCUGGGGAUUCAGCCUGCACAUAAUUUCGAACUCAUUAGGAAAGUCCUGGACCGGUUCCGCGGCACGCAGUGUAUUGCGCAGCAUCCAAUCUGGCGGAUGACGCCCGGACUGGAACGCAAACUGCUUGACUGCAUGACGAGCAUAUCCGGGGGGAACGUGCACAUAGACCAUGGCUUGUCAGUCAUGACUUCAUCGGAAGGAAUGGGGUAUCCUGCCCGAUCGGCCGAGAGACCAAUUCAUGGCCCGUUUACUUUCCCCGGAGAUAACUUGGUGAACUCCAUGGAUGACUUUUUGUUAACGGAUCUUGGCGAGUUUACAUUCCCAGGGAUGAUGUCUAACGGGGUGUGAUAUGAUUUGUUCUAUAGAGCCACCGUGCACUAAAAUACAGAACAGACUGGAAAUGCCA